AUGAUGGACAGCAGGAUACUGGAGCCUCCUCAUGCCCAGUUCGGAGGCUCGCUCGGCGGGAUGGUGGGCUUCCCGUACCAUCUGAGCCACCAUCAUGUGUACGAAUUAGCCGGUCAUCAACUCCAAUCUGCGACCGCGGUUCCCUUUUCCAUAGACGGAUUACUUAACGGGUCCUGCACGGCGUCUGUUGUUAAUUCCAACUCGCUCUUGUCUGCGGGCUGCGGUAUGAACGGAGAUAACCAGUAUAAACUGACAGACUCGGGAGAUCCAGACAAAGAUAGCCCCGGUUGCAAGAGACGGAGAACACGCACUAAUUUCACUGGUUGGCAGCUGGAGGAAUUAGAGAAGGCUUUUAAUGAGAGCCAUUACCCGGACGUGUUCAUGAGGGAGGCUCUGGCUCUCCGCUUGGACUUGAUAGAGUCCAGAGUACAGGUAUGGUUUCAGAAUCGCAGGGCCAAAUGGAGGAAAAAAGAGAACACAAAGAAAGGUCCCGGGCGACCAGCGCACAACUCGCACCCCACCACCUGCAGCGGGGAGCCCAUGGACGCGGACGAGAUCGCCCGGAGAGAGCUGGACCGGCUGGAGAAGAAGAAAAGAAAGCAGGAGCGCAGGCUGCUGAAGGCGCAGAAUAAGCUCCUCCACGGGGACCUAUUUCACACGCCCGGCUCGGACAGUGACAGCGGAGUGUCCCACGUCACGGACAGCGAGCACACGGGCACCCUUUUUAACCCUUCUGCGGGCAGGAACCAAACGCCAACGAGCUGUGACCAAACGACCCAUCCUCACACCCAUAACACCACAACCACCAUCACAACCACCACGCACAACCAAAGACAGUCGCACCACCACGACGCUGGCGGCUCCGAGCUGGACUCGUCGGACAGCAGCCAGCAGUCGAGCUUGUGUGCCAACAGCAGGGCCUCCAGCCUGCAGAAACUCAACCCCUUUAGCGUCGAGAGCCUCCUGUCCGACUCCAGACCCUGCAGGCGCAAAUCAAACGUGGACGGAUUCUCUGCCUUACCCCCGUCGCGGCCUUUGAUAGGAAAGGGACACUUCCUACUGUACCCCAUCACCCAGCCGCUGGGAUUCAUCGUUCCGCAGACUUCGUUGAAAGCAACCCCCACAACAAUGACAACAACAACAACAACAAAAACUGACGUCAUGGACGAUGCUGAGCGUGAUCGAGGAAAUCCGGCCAACUCGGGAUGUAAGAACCGCGCCAUGGACUAUAAUUGCGACUCGACACAGGACGAUGACGCGUUGUCGAUCAGGAGACAGGGGGUGGCUCUGCCGGACAGAAUGAAGACGAGUUCCCCACAGAGCAGUCCGUCCCGGGCCACUUUUCUCAGUGGCAAAAGUAGUCAGUCAGUCAGCAGUGGUAGUAAUAGUAAUAGUAGUGACACGUGUUUCCCCAACGACGUGCGAGAGUCCAGGCCCCUAGACCCCAGCUCCUUACAGGCAGACACAAAAGAGCACCUCCAAGAUAAAGACUAUUGUGACCAUUCAGAGUCAGUUAUAACUUAUAGUCCAAAAGAAACAAAGAGAGACUCCUGA